GGGUGUGUGUGUGCUGCUAAACCACCAAGGUCGAAGUAUCCCUUACUGCUUGGUAUACGUACGAGUAGCGUGUCCCUGUCCAUUGUACGUACGUCGAUGGCUGAGGAGGUGCCAACGACGCCGCCGCCGGCACCAUUGUACGUCGAUGGCUGUCCGGGAUGCGCCAUGGACCGGAAGAAGGCGGCCAACAAGGGCAUCCCCUACAAGGAGUUCUUCUUCGUCGCAGUCACCACCAUUGCCUCUGCUUUGCCAAUAUCGUCCCUGUUUCCCUUCUUGUAUUUCAUGAUCGAAGAUCUACACGUGGCCAAAAAAGAACAAGAUAUUGGACUGUACGCUGGUUUUCUUGGUGCAUCUUACUUUGUCGGUCGAUUUUUGGUCUCGUUCUUCUGGGGUGUGGUGGCUGAUCGUGUCGGAAGGAAGCCCAUCAUUAUAUUUUCAGUCGCUUCAGUGGUUGUAUUCAACACACUGUUUGGAUUAAGUGUACAAUAUUGGAUGGCCAUCACCACAAGAUUGCUUCUAGGUGCUCUCAAUGGCAUGCUUGCACCAAUAAAGGCUUACUCAAUCGAGAUUUGUCGACCUGAGCACCAUGCUCUUGGGUUAUCAGUUGUAAGCACGGCUUGGGGCCUAGGUCUUAUUGUUGGCCCGUCCAUUGGAGGCUACUUGGCGCAGCCUGCACGGCAAUAUCCAAACGUAUUCUCUGAGGAAUCGAUUUUUGGGAGGUUCCCGUAUCUGCUGCCAUGCCUAAGUAUCUCCAUUUUUUCUGCUGUCGUUCUAGUAAGCUGCAUAUGGUUACCGGAGACACUCCAUAAACAUAAGAAUAUAGACAACGAAGUAGAAAUGUCCGGACACUCAAGGACUCCACAAACAGAAGACGUAGAUGCAGGCAAGAGUCUAUAUAAGAACUGGCCAUUGAUGUCUUCCAUCAUUGCGUACUGUGUUUUCACGCUUCAUGACACUGCAUACACCGAGAUACUUUCCUUGUGGACCGUAAGUGACAAAAAGUAUGGUGGGCUAGGCUUUUCUUCUAAGGGAGUUGGUCAACUUCUUGCGAUUGCAGGUCUUGGGCUUAUUGUGUAUCAAAUGUUCAUCUACAGGCCAGUCCACAGAUAUCUCGGAAGUGUAAAUUCAUGCCGUGCUGCAUCUGCGCUAUCCAUACCACUUAUCGCUGCUUUUCCCUUCAUGACACACCUGUCAGGAUCAAAACUUGGACUAGCUCUUUAUUUUGCUACUAUUUUGAAAGCUGCUCUUGGGAUAACUAUCCUGACAGGCACUUCACUUCUGCAGAACUAUGCUGUGCCACAGCAUCAAAGAGGCGCCGCAAACGGCGUAGCGGCGACUGCAAUGUCCUUCUUUAAGGCUAUUGGACCUGCAGGAGCAGGCGCUUUAUUCUCAUGGACCCAAAAACGCCAAGAUGCUGCCUUCUUUCCAGGGGAUCACAUGUUGUUCUUCAUUCUGAAUUUGGUCCAAUGUAUUGGGCUCGUGCUGACCCUUAAACCAUUCCUAGCAGUACCGAAACACUAUAAAUGACAGCUGCUCGAACCCAAGCAAUGGAAUAAUGAUGGAUUAGCAAAACAUAUGUGCCCAAAAAUACGUUUUUGAGUGGCAUACAACGGAAUUAUGUAAAAGCUGUCAAGAAAAAGUAGCUACAAUGAUUGUGUCCGCUAUCUUUACAUCUCCUUAC